AUGACAGAGAAAGGUAGAGAAUAUGUCUGUUCGUUGAAAAGAAAAGCAGCCCUCGAUAUCAAGGAAGAAUUUUUGAAAGAACUGUUUAAUUUUGAGAAAAAUAUUGCAGAUUUCAAUGGUGUUGUUGAACUUAAUAAACAAAUAACAUUGUUAUCAGGGAAAAUGAAUUUUGUUAGCAAGGCCCUUGAUGAAUGGUUGAAAUUAUCCUUAGAUGAGAAUGAAAUUCGCGAAGUCAUAGAAAUGCGUACAUUUCUGUCCGAUAAAUUGUUGAGCACCCAGAGCUGGGCUCAAGAAUAUGCAGUGAAGUUUAGUCAGCAAAAGCAAGAAACAAUUUCUACAACAUCCCGACGAAGUAGUAGCAACAGCAGCCAUAUAAACACCUUAGUUGACCUUAAAGCAAGAAAAGCAGCUUUAGGAAAAAGAAUGCAAUAUUUUCAGUUAAUAUCCGAGCAGGAACGUAAACUUGAGCAGCUAAAGAUGCAGGGAGAAUUUGAGGAAGUCUCAGCACAAGAAAGUGUGUAUGAAACGCUUACUGAAACAGGAAACAUUUUGGGUACCAUUUCUAAUCCAGCCCUGCCCACAGAGAAACACAAUAUCAUGUCCACCUUUCUUGAAGAAGCCAUCAACAUAGCCAGCAUUCCCACAGAACAAAGAGUGCCGGAGGCCACAGUAGAACAAGAUGAGCCACGCGCAGUACAUCCCUUUCCCGAGGCACUGAUCCAAUCUCCAUACCAACCUGUUGAGGAUCGACCGGAUUCAUUAUCAGAAAUCGAUAGUGUAUCUCAAGUACAACCCCCAUUCCACGCAGAACAACCCUCACCUCAAGUGCAACACCCUCUCAACACAGAACAGUCCCCACCUCAAGUGCAACGCCCUUUCCACACAGAACAACACCCACCUCAAGUGCAACACCCUCUCCACGCAGAACAGUCCCCACCUCAAGUGCAACGCCCUCUCCACGCAGAACAGCCCUCACCUCAACUGCAGCCCCUAUUCCAAGUGCAACCCCCAUUCCACAUAGUACAACCCCCACCUCAG